UUUCAACACUACUAUAUAACAAAUAAUUUGAGCAAUGUGAAUCAGAAGGAAGGUUCCACAUAGUCCACAAUGGCUACCAUUGACAGCUCCGCGCCUAUCCGUAAGGUGGUGCGGGUCCAGUUUGGUAUUCUCAGUCCAGAUGAAAUCCGUCAAAUGUCCGUGACUCCGGGCGGUAUUAGGUAUCCUGAGACUAUGGAGAAUGGAAGACCUAAAUUGUUUGGCCUUAUGGACCCUCGUCAAGGUGCGGUUGAUCGUUCAACAAUCUGCAAAACAUGUGCUGGAAACUUCCACGACUGUCCAGGUCACUUUGCGCACAUCGAGUUGGCAAAACCUGUCUUUCACAUUGGUUUUAUGAGUAAGACAGUGAGGGUCUUACGGUGUGUUUGUUUCUUUUGCAGUAAACUUCUUGUCAGUCCCGAAGAUCCUAAGAUGAAGGAGAUCUUGGUUAGAUCAAUUGGACAGCCCAAGAAACGGCUCUCCCAUGUCUACGAUUUGUGCAGAUUGCGCAGAAUCUGCGAGGGUGGCGACACUAUGGAUAAGAAGUUUGCUGGAGAUGAUAACAACGAAGAAGAAGAAACG